AACGGGUUGGCGCACGACCACUCAUCAUUAUCACCGUCAGUCCAGCUUCCCGGAACACUAAUGACGGGAAUAGUGAUAGGGAGCAGCGAAUGGCGCUAUUUGAGCCUCGAACUAACCCCCGACCCGCUAGUGCUACAGGAGCCUCUGUUUCGGUCCCAAUUCGAGCAGUUGGAGGUGGAUUCCUUGACCUGGAAGCAGGUGGUGCUGGCCAGUAUGAAGAAGAUGUACGGCAUAGUGGGCGAGGCAGCCCACUUUGACGUGCUCCACCGCACCAAGAAGAGAGCCAUCAUCCGAGUGCAGCCAGAGGACGAGGACAAGUUCAAAACUAGUUUGUUCUCGUACGUGACGGUGAUGGAGUCGUUUCUCGGCAGCAGUUCCAGUUGCAGCGAUUUGGAGUGCUACGUGAGGGUGGCCAAGAGCGCAGAGCACUUGGGGAUGGUGGCUGAAAGCGAAUUCAUCGAGAUAUAG